CGUAGAGAAGAUUGCGGCGCGCUGAAAUGAUGCAAUCGAUCUCCGAUCUAGUGUUGGAUAUGACCUGUCUCGGGGGUUAAUGGACGAAAAGAAAAAGCAAACAAGCCAAGCUGUCGUUGGCCUUAUCCACUGAAGGGGAUUCGCACUCUCGGCCUCACCCACCCAUCAGGACAGCGACAGGGACAGGGCUGGAGAGGUGGUGACUCGAUGAGGUGAAAGGCUUGCUAAGCGACUAAUCAUCGCUACGGGGUCAUCCGGGUUCCCCCCCUCCUUCGUCCACUCCUUCUCCUCCAGCGUCGUCCAUCUUGGCUCUUGGUUUUUUUUUCCUUUCCCCGCUAUGCGCGCUCUGGAGCCUCAUACCCACCAUGGCCGUCGCUGAAUCGCUCUCCACCUCUUUUCAGGCACGAUCGGUCUUGGUGUGAUGCUGCCACUCAUCCGCGUGUGUUGGCCUGGACGGUUGUAAAUCUAAUCACAAAAAGGUAAUGCGAUGUCUUCUUCCCAUGUGAAACUCACUUUCACGCCUGUUACUUUCCCCGCUUCGACGGCCUCGUCCAUCAAGCAGGGGAAUGGUGACUUCCCCACGGCCAUGACUGGCUCUGUGUCUUCCCUCGCUGCACACAGACUAAGCAUGUGGGAACAGGCUCUCUCGAUCGCUCUCUCAGACAGGAUCGCAUUUCGCUGCCCAUCUCGGGGCGCGUUGGCGUCCUCCUCGAUUAUCAGAGACAUUUAAACUCCGUACACUGCACCUGGGCUUCUUCAUCCCCCGGGUC